AUGGAAGAGCGGGCGGCAGCCAAAGCCGAGGAGGCACGGCGCCGGCGCGAGGCAGAACUUCGCAGGGCCAGGAAGAAGGAGCAGAUGGCCAGGGACCCAAAGCGAAAGGUUGCACUGAAGAUUGAAAACAAAAGGCGGUUCUCUGGACAUGAGGAGGAUGAGGAGGAUGCCAAGAAAGAGAAGGAUGCUAUUCCUUUGAGGAAGUACGAGGUGUAUGGCGAAAGUGGACCAGAGAAGGUGAACAUAGUUGACAUAUUGUGCCCUGGCAGUAAGAUCCGGGGUGGAUUCUUCAUCUGCCAAGCCUUUGCAGAAGCUGAGGAAAAUCCAGAGCCAGUGUGA